AUGUCAAGCUACUCAAACCUUUUCACCAAGCCUCACACUCGCCAGAGCCACAACAUCCCCGACAUGGACGGAGACGAUUCACACAAGGCCUACACCGAGGGCGCCUCGUCGGCCAACCCGAACAUGGAUCUGACUGAUAGCAUCCACGAAGACGCUAAGCCUAGAGCAGAACCCAUCGGCGAGAAAACCACGGGCGGCGGCUCAGCCUUCAGUUCUGAAGGUGCUGUUGGCAAGCAGUUCACCACGGAGGGCAUGAUCGGUGGCAUGGCCCAGGCCAUCGGCGGACCGCUCGACAAGGAGGGCGCCAUCGGCAAGCACUUCACAGAGUCUGGCUCCAUCGGCGGCUCGGUGCAGGAGCACCUUGGGUCCGGCGAGUCGAACAGCAUCAGGAAGUAA